AUGGCGCUUAAGAAAUCGUCAAAACAGGUGCUCAAAACUUUACAAAUUCUCACAUCGGACCCAAACGUGAAGGCCAUCCUGGUUAACAUCUUUGGAGAAAUCGUUAAUUUUACCACUAUCGCCGACGGAAUCGUUAAUGCUACCAAAACCAUUGGACUGAAAGUGCCGCUCGUUGUGAGGCUCAAGGGCACGAAUGUCGAUGCCGCUAAGAAGAUACUGGAGGAAUCCGGACUGAAGAUCGAAUCGGUUCACGAACUCGAAGAGGCUGCUAAAAAGACGAUCAACUACGCGAUCGAACGUCCAAAUCGAUUCAAUGGCUGCCUAGGGAGUAUGCACGCUAUGUCUACUUUGAUAUUUUCAGUAUUUUCAAGUCCUCUUGGAAGAUUUGUUAUAUGGCUUUUGUAUCGAAUGUACCAUGUAAAAAUAAUGAAUAAUACCAAACAUAAUAAAAUGUGAUGAAUAAUUUA